GGGGGAAUAUUGGAAGUUGGAACUGUAAAAGCCCCUGAUAUAUAGAGACAGAGAGAGGAAAGAAAAUUCUUUUCUUGAAAAAAAAGCCAAGAAAAAACUGAGCUCAAAAGGCAUCAAGAAGCAGAGAACAGAGAGAGGGCGAGAAAUGGAUCCAAAGAUAACAGAAGCAUCGCAGCUAUUCGAGAGAUUCAAAGCGGCUUGUGUUAGAGAAGAUGUUGAUACUUGCACCAAACUUCUUUCCUCCCUCAAGGUGAUGUUGACAGAAUUUAGAAGCUUGCCUCCAUUAUUUGAAGAUACACCUAAUGCUAUUCAAGAAUUGACAUUAGCAAGGGAUAUAUAUGAGCAUGCGGUUCUUCUUAACGUAAAGAUCGGGGAUCAGGAUGCUUUUGAAAGGGAUUUCUUUCAGUUGAAGCCUUAUUAUACAGAUGCCAGUGGCCGUCUUCCACCAUCUUCCCAGGAGUACAUGAUCUUAGGUCUCAACCUCUUGAGACUCCUUGUGCAGAAUAGAAUUGCUGAAUUCCACACUGAACUGGAGUUGUUGUCUCCUGCUGCUUUGGAAAAUCCUGCCAUCAAGCAUGCUGUGGAGUUGGAGCAAUCUUUCAUGGAAGGGGCUUACAACCGUGUACUGAGUGCAAAACAAACUGUACCAUACAAGGGCUAUGAUUAUUUCAUGGACCUUUUGGCAAAGACAGUAAGGGAUGAAAUAGCUGGAUGCAGCGAGAAGGCAUAUGACUAUCUUUCGAUCAAUGAUGCCCGUCAAAUGUUGCUUUUCUCAUCUGAUACUGAACUGUUGCAGUACAUCAAGGAGGACCACCCAGAGUGGGAGGUAAAGAAUGGCGUGGUAAUUUUCCAGAAGGCAAAAGAAUCUGCCCCUUGCAAGGAAAUACCAUCUCUACAACUCAUCAACCAGACUCUGAGUUAUGCUAGAGAGUUGGAGCGAAUUGUGUAGAGUAGCAAUCAGUGGCUGUGGACACAAACCUUCAACUCAAAAUUGUUCCGCUCGAGGACAAGAACAUGUUAAUUUUCUUUUUGUAACACCAGUAACAAAAUGUGUUGAUCACUUUGUUUUCUUCUCUUUUUUCUGGAGUAGUUCUAUUUUAGUUUUCAAUGCUCUCUACUCUCCACAUCUAAACUCCGGAAAUUUAGACUGCAUUGUUUACUACUGGUAGAAAGUCACAUUUACCUAUGUGGCAGCGCCUUUAAUCGGAGAAUUUGGAUGGUUAUCA